AUGAAAGUGCUGAUUAUCGGAGCAGGUCUGGGAGGCCUGGUUUGCGCCAUUGCUUGUCGAAAAGCGGGAUUUGAAGUCGUGGUGUUGGAACGGGCUGAUCGGAUUAUUCCAGUGGGCGCAGGGAUUCAAGUACCGCCUAACGGAGCAAGAGUUGCGCGACAGUUGGGUUACUUGGACAGAUUGUCGGAGCGUGCGACUGUCCUCGAUGCGAUCGAGCUGCGUAGGUAUGCCAGUGGCAAGCAUCUGCACACGCUUUCGGAAAAGGGCUUGCAUAACAACUAUGGAAAUCCUUGGAUGGUAAUUCAUCGAGCCGAUAUCCAUGCUGUGUUAUGGCAGACUUGCAAGGAACUCGGAGUUGAUCUAUGCCUGGGCAUGUCGGUUGAAGGUAUCGACUUUGAGAACAACAUCGUACAUCUGAAGGAUGGCAAGGAUAUUCGAAGCGAUAUCAUCAUUGGAGCCGAUGGUAUCAACUCAGUUUGCCGCGACCAGCUUCUUGGGUCACCCUCGCCUGCAGUGGAGACCGGAGACCUGACGUAUCGAGCAACCCUUCCGGCCGAGCAUAUCAAAGCUCUGAACGACCCCCGUGUGGAUGAGCUAUGCGCCAGAAAGCAGGUCACGAUAUGGCUCGGCCCCGGCAGGCAUACCGUACUCUAUCCCGUCAAGGGGGGACGAGAGUUUAAUCUCGUCUUGAUCAGGCCCGAUAACAUGCAAACUAGUGAAAAUUGCGUCGAGGGGGACAUUGACGAGAUGAGAGAAAGCUAUACUGGGUGGGACGAAAUACUAACCAAGCUCCUAUCACUGAUACCGAAAGUUCAAAAGUGGAAGCUUUGCACUCAUCCAGAGUUGGAGACGUGGACAAAGGGCUCCUUUGCCCUCCUGGGUGACUCGUGCCAUCCAAGCCUACCAUACCAGGCGCAAGGCGCAGCAAUGGCUGCAGAGGAUGGCGCUGUGCUCGGUAAACUUCUGGGCCUCCUGAAGGCUUCGGCUGGAGACAGCAUGAAGCAAAAGGUUCCCGAGAUCCUGAAGCUGUAUGAAUCGCUGCGGAAGUCACGGACGACGGCGAACGUGGAGGGUGCCAUGUCGAAUCGGAAAUGGAAUCAUGUAGAAGACGGGCCCGAACAAGAGGCUCGGGACGCCGAGCUGCGCGGGAUGCCGUUGCGAGAAGGACUGUCGCCGACGGGGUGGCGCUGGGUCGACAAAGAUUAUCAGAUGGAGCUUCUCGGGCGAGAUUCCGUUGCUGAGGCGGUCGAGGCUUUCAAGCAAUGGGAGCUCAGCUGUGCGUGA